UCACUGGUCGGCCGGUCUCUGGGAAGGGAGAAUUCCUCUGCUUCACAGUGGGUUUGCACUGGGGGACAGACAGUCGUUGGCCUCAGACCAGAGAGGGUGAUCCGACCAGGUCACCCAGUUAAAACUCAGUGCUUGGUGUUCUCUCUCUUCUACCGCUCCCUACUCGGGAAUGUCUCGGCGAAAGCAGCGGAGACCCCAACAGUUAAUCUCGGACUGCGAAGGUCCCAGCGCAUCUGAGAACGGUGAUGCUAGCGAGGAGGACCACCCCCAAGUCUGUGCCAAAUGCUGCGCACAAUUCUCUGACCCGACCGAAUUCCUCGCUCACCAGAACGCAUGUUGUACUGACCCACCCGUAAUGGUGAUAAUUGGGGGCCAGGAGAACCCCAGCAACUCUUCAGCCUCCUCUGCACCCCGGCCAGAGGGCCACAGUAGGCCCCAGGUCAUGGAUACAGAUCACAGCAAUCCCCCAGAUUCUGGGUCUUCUGGGCCCCCUGAUCCUACCUGGGGGGCAGAGCGGAGAGGAGAGGAGUCUUCAGGGCAUUUCCUGGUCGCUGCCACAGGUACAGCGGCUGGGGGAGGCGGGGGCCUGAUCUUGGCCAGUCCCAAGCUGGGAGCAACCCCAUUACCUCCAGAAUCUACCCCUGCACCCCCUCCUCCACCACCUCCCCCACCACCCCCAGGUGUAGGCAGUGGCCACUUGAACAUUCCUCUGAUCUUGGAAGAGCUGCGGGUGCUGCAGCAGCGCCAGAUCCAUCAGAUGCAGAUGACUGAGCAAAUCUGCCGCCAGGUGCUGCUACUUGGCUCCUUAGGGCAGACAGUGGGUGCCCCUGCCAGUCCCUCAGAGCUACCUGGGACAGGGACAGCCUCCUCCUCCAAGCCCCUACUGCCUCUCUUCAGUCCCAUCAAGCCUGUCCAAACUGGCAAGACGCUGGCACCAUCCUCUUCCUCCUCUUCCUCCUCCUCAGGGGCAGAACCGCCUAAGCAGGCUUUCUUCCACCUCUACCACCCACUGGGAUCGCAGCAUCCAUUCUCUGUAGGAGGGGUUGGGCGAAGCCACAAACCCACUCCUGCCCCCUCCCCGGCCCUGCCAGGCAGCACAGAUCAGCUGAUUGCCUCCCCUCAUCUGGCAUUCCCAGGCACCACAGGACUCCUGGCAGCUCAGUGUCUUGGGGCAGCAAGGGGCCUUGAGGCUGCUGCCUCCCCAGGGCUCCUGAAGCCAAAGAAUGGAAGUGGCGAGCUGGGCUAUGGGGAAGUGAUCAGUUCCUUGGAAAAGCCUGGUGGAAGGCACAAAUGCCGCUUUUGUGCCAAAGUCUUUGGCAGUGACAGCGCCCUGCAGAUCCACCUUCGUUCCCACACUGGUGAGAGGCCCUAUAAGUGCAACGUCUGUGGUAACCGCUUCACUACUCGGGGCAACCUCAAAGUACAUUUCCACCGGCAUCGCGAGAAGUACCCACACGUGCAAAUGAAUCCACAUCCCGUACCAGAGCACCUAGACUACGUCAUCACCAGCAGUGGGCUGCCUUAUGGAAUGUCUGUGCCGCCGGAGAAAGCAGAAGAGGAGGCAGCCACACCAGGUGGAGGUGUUGAACGCAAACCUCUAGUGGCCUCCACCACAGCACUCAGUGCCACAGAGAGCCUGACACUACUCUCCACUGGUACAAGUACAGCCGUGGCUCCUGGUCUCCCUGCUUUCAACAAGUUUGUGCUCAUGAAAGCCGUGGAGCCCAAGAGUAAAGCUGAUGAAAAUACUCCCCCGGGGAGUGAGGGAUCAGCCAUUACUGGAGUAGCGGACAGUGGCGCAGCAACCCGAAUGCAGCUAAGUAAGCUGGUGACAUCCCUGCCGAGUUGGGCACUGCUUACUAAUCACUUGAAGUCAUCUGGAAGUUUCCCCUUCCCCUAUGUGCUAGAACCCUUGGGGGCCUCACCUUCUGAGACCUCAAAGCUACAGCAGCUGGUAGAAAAGAUUGACCGUCAAGGAGCUGUGGCAGUGGCCUCUACUGCCUCAGGAGCUCCCACCACAUCUGCCCCUGCACCUUCGUCCUCCUCCUCGGGACCUAACCAGUGUGUCAUCUGUCUCCGGGUGCUGAGCUGCCCUCGGGCUCUACGCCUGCAUUACGGCCAACACGGAGGUGAGCGGCCCUUCAAGUGUAAAGUGUGUGGCAGAGCUUUCUCCACCAGGGGCAAUUUGCGUGCACAUUUUGUGGGCCACAAGACCAGUCCAGCUGCCCGGGCCCAGAACUCCUGCCCCAUCUGCCAGAAGAAGUUCACUAACGCUGUCACUCUGCAGCAACAUGUUCGGAUGCACCUGGGGGGCCAAAUCCCCAAUGGCGGUUCCACGCUCCCUGAAGGUGGGGGAGCUGCCCAGGAGAAUAGCUCUGAGCAAUCUGCAGUCUCUGGACCAGGGAGCUUCCCCCAGCAGCCAUCCCAGCAACCAUCACCGGAAGAGGAGUUGUCUGAGGAAGAGGAUGAGGAUGAGGAAGAGGAAGAUGUGACAGAUGAAGAUUCCCUAGCAGGAAGAGGCUCAGAGAGCGGGGGUGAGAAGGCCAUAUCAGUGCGAGGUGACUCAGAAGAGGUGUCUGGGGCAGAGGAGGAAGUGGGAACAGUGGUCGCAGCACCCACCGUUGGGAAGGAGAUUGAUAGUAAUGAAAAAGCCACUCAGCAAUCUUCUCUGCCACCACCCCCACCUGACAACCCGGAUCACCCCCAACCCAUGGAGCAGGGAACCAGUGAUGUUUCUGGAGGCGCAGAAGAAGAGGCCAAACUGGAGGGGACCUCAAGCCCCAUUGCAGCACUCACCCAAGAAGGGGAGGGCACCGGCACCCCUUUGGUGGAGGAGCUGAACUUACCGGAAGCCGUGAAGAAGGAGCCAGGAGAGGGCAGCAGCAGAAAUGCCUGUGAAGUGUGUGGCCAGACCUUUCCUACCCUAACAGCUCUGGAAGAGCAUCAGAAGACCCAUCCUAAGGAAGGGCCGCUCUUCACUUGUGUUUUCUGCAGGCAGGGCUUCCUUGACCGUCCUACCCUCAAGAAGCACAUGCUGUUGGCUCACCACCAGGUACCACCCUUUGCACCCCAUGGCCCUCAGAAUAUUGCUACUCUUUCCUUGGUCCCUGGCUGUCCUUCCAUCACCUCUCCAGGGCUCUCCCCGUUCCCACGGAAAGAUGAUCCCGCCAUCCCAUGAGCCUGUUUUCUGUACCCAGUCCCCUAUGACCAUAUGCUCCAUAGGAGGACCUUCAAGAUUUACUCAACCUUCUCAAGUUUUGACAUGAUGUUUCUAGUGGCUUCUCUCUAGACCCUGAGCUUAAAAGUUGCAUUUAAAAGGGAAUGCCCUCUAAGAAAUUUGUAUCACCUUUUUGUUCUUUGUAACUAAGGAAAACAGAUUCUCUAGCUUUCACAUUCUCAAGGGGAGCCCUCUCCUCUUCUCCCUUUCCCGUUGACAGGUACACCAGAACCCCUAUCUUUGGAAAUGGCAGCCUUGCUCAAAGGGGCUGGCAGCUGUCUGUGGAGGGAGGGCCCUGUGCUACUCCUUGGUGACCUUGACCAAGUCACCCUGCAAGACUUCUUGUGCCAGGACCUUCUUGAGAAGCUUGUGCUGGGUGGGUUUCUUACCUUUCUGCAAGCAGUACAGUUUUUCCUGUCAGGUGGCCUCGUCCCCAAGCCCUGGAGCUCUAGACCCACCUGCCUUGCCACUUCAACCCUCACACCAUCAUUGCUAUGAAGCCCAGGAACUGUGCUUGAGGUGACUCCAACAACAUGAUCCAGAGAGGCAGAGGAGGACAUAGCCUCUCUCCUAUUUCUGCCUCCUGUAUCCAAGCUGGCACCUACCAAGCACACCAGAGAAAAGAAGUAACAAACUAUAGCUUCUUUCUCCUU